AUGGGAGCCUAUUUUUCGUCUAUUUAUCAUUUUUUCUUUCAUCCGAAGGCAAUUGCAAAUACCGCUGAGCCCGCAAAAGCAAAAUUUUCUUGGGAACAACGUUCAGAAACAUUGAAUAAAAAGGACUAUAUCUUAGAUAAAUUGAAAGAUCAAACAAUAAUCCGUCUGCCUGGACAAAUUAAUGGACAACAAUUUAUAAUACAAAAUUGUGAAAGUUGUACAAUUUAUAUUUUCGAUCAUGUAGGACAAAUACAAAUUGAUGAUUGUAAACAUUGCAAAAUAUUCAUUGGUCCUGUUAAAGGAAGUUUAUUCAUUCGUGAUUCACAAAACUGUAGUUUAGCUACAAUUUGUCAACAAUUUCGAACGAGAGAUUGUCAUGAAUUAAAUGUAUUUCUUUCAUGUGUAAGCCAACCGAUUAUUGAAUCAUCGCAUCAUAUUCGAUUUGGCUGUUUAAUGUAUAAGUAUGAUAAAUUAGUAGGUAAGUAAACGUAGUGCAAAACUGGCUACUUUCAUAUUUAGUUGAGACUUUGUCAGAUUUUAAAAUUUGGUGUUUUGUGAAGUUUGAUUCUGAGAUGUUCUUCGUGCUCUUACUAUUUUAAUGUUUGAGGAUUUGUAUAUUAAACUUGAACUAUUUAACAGACACUUCAUGCCUAUGUUCUAAUUUCCCAGAUCGACGAUAGAGCCCUGCAGGUUAAAUCUAACCUAACCUAUAGGUUAGGCUUCAGGUUAUGAAACUUUUUAUAGGUUAGGUUGUAGGUUACGCCAUUAAUAACCUAAACGAAAAACAGCGAUUUUCAACGACCACAUUAAAACAGUCAAUACUUUGAGUAAUAAAGCGUAGUCCGAAUGGAACUUUAUCAAUUGAGCGAUAGGUUUUCUAGUACUAAACUAAACUAUUUUCACUGAAAAAUGGUACAAUCAAAAAAGGAAAUACAGAGAAAAAACUUAUGUUUGCUAAAAAUAGAUGGCGAAUACACAAAAAUAACAGCACCGUUGUAGCAUCGAGAACCCAAAGUGGAAUUCUGAUCUACUCUUAAGCGGGUCUCUCUAUUUAGAAAGCUAUUUUCCAAUGAUUGCAUUAAAGAAUAAAAGACUCACGAGGAAACCUCUCGAGAAGAUAAAACGCUUUUUGAUCGAUAUCUAGUGGGUUAUAGGUUAUCGACCAUGCUGAUUCCAAAUAUGAUUAUGGGAACUACCCUUAACCGUACGAAGAGCCGGUUUUCUGGAAAACCAGUCUUUCCGAAACUCUAAAAAGUAACCAAAACCUUUCUUAAUGAUGCAUUAUUGUAGUCCGCAAGUUUCUGAUUAAAAUGAGACCUCUGCCAGCUCUACACGACCUUUCUUUGCAAAGUUAUAGAAUUUACAAGAAAAGCCCUAAAUGUUUAUUGUCAGCUCAAAGCUAUAAUUU